AUGUCCGCCCACCAAAAGAAGAACGAUCUCCCCUUCAUCCACCGCUACAUCACCACCCACAAUUCCGAAGGCGAGGCGGUGUUUGUCUCCCAUGCCCAAAUCCCAGACUACAUGCCCUCUACACCAGCUGGGGAGGACGGCGAAAUUGCACUACUCUACGCCACAACCAGUGCGCCGGCAAUCAUCGACAACGAAGCAGAUCUGGCCAUGUACGAUGAGUUUCUCCAUCAGCCGCCUGGGCUGACGACUCCAUCGGGGACGAUCUUCCGACUGAUCGAUCUACGGCCUGGAAAGAUUAGUCCGAUGCAUCGGACGGUGAGUGUUGAUUAUGGAAUUGUGAUUGAGGGUGAAGUGGAUCUGAUUUUGGAUUCGGGGGCGACGCGACAUCUUCGACGUGGUGAUGUGAGUAUCCAGAGAGGGACGGCGCAUUCGUUUCGAAAUAGAAGUGACACGGACUGGUGUCGGAUGCUUUUUGUGUUUUUGCCAAUGCAGAAGAUUACUAUUCAGGGGAAGGAGCUGGAUGAGGAGGUUUAUGAUGAGGGAUAUGAUUAUCACCAAUUCCCUCAACCAUUUGACCGUGACGACCUUCUAAUGUAUCAUUUCAUCUCCACGAUCGCGCUAUUCUUAGCUACGGCCAACGUCCUCGUGUGCGCCCAAAGUCCUCCACCAGUCGGCCUGAGCAGUGAUGCGCAAUGUGAAUCUCAAGAAAUCGUCGACACAUGCGUCUCCAUGAUGCAGAAAUACCUUCAAAAAUGCUCCUCCGAUAACUGGGAUUGCAAAUGUUCGGGAUUCGCCAACAUGGCCAACCCGGACUACAUCGCCGCUCAGUCUUCAAGUGCCUCGAGUUGUGCGACUGCCAAUGCUUACGAUGUGGGCAACACCGUGGUACCUGACACAUGGAAAACGAUGGAUUUCCACAAUACGAUCCACGCGACCGCCACCAAGGCCGUGGAAAAUCUGAGGGCGACACCGACGAGUACAAACACGAUCGACAAUCAGGAGAAGGCGGCUCAAACGUCGGAGGGGGCGGCGGCGAGUAUGAACAGGAAAGGAAGCUGGCUUGCUCUUGUGGGGCUGGGGGUGGGCGCUAUGUUCUGA